AUAUGUAACUGCCUUUCUAGGGAACAAUGAAAUAUUUUUCGGCACAGAGUCCUUUACUCCUCAUCAAGGUCACUCUUCUGUUAACAGCAUGCCCUGGAUUAUCUAAUGGCGAUGUGAUUUCAAAGCUUUUCGCCGACUACGACAAAGCCUUAAGACCUGAUUUUGAAAGCGGCAAACCUACGGUCGUGCAAUGUUCUUUGACUGUCGAAUCUUUUGGCAACAUUGAAGAGGCUAAUAUGGAGUACAGGGUGUACGCCUAUUUCCACCAGCACUGGACAGAUUCACGUCUGGCCGGAAAACUAAACCGUACCAUUACCAUAAAAGGAGGUGACAUCGACAACAUUUGGGUCCCAGAUCCCUACUGUUAUAACGCACGUGAAUCAAACAUGAUGAUGCCAGACGAAGAAACCCACAGCAACGUCAAAAUAGAUUCCAAUGGCAAGAUAACAUACAGCAGAGGGCUAAGUUUGCUCGCCUCGUGCAUUAUGGACUUGGAGGAUUUCCCUCUGGACUCACAGAAGUGCUCUCUUAAGUUUGGAAGUUACGGACAUACUACUGAGGACGUGAUUUUCAUGUGGGUUCCUGGAAAGACUGAAGUUUCCGUUGAACACAAAGAAAUGGCUCAGUUUGAAUACAAAGGCUCCAAAUUAGAAUCAGACAUAGAUAUGUUUACCUCAGGGAAUUAUUCAACUAUGACAGCAACAUUCUCAUUUGAACGACGCAUCGGCUAUUACCUUAUUCAAGUCUACUUUCCAGACAUAUUUGUUGUAGUCCUAAGCUGGAUUGUCUUCUGGAUGGACAAAGAUGACAUGGGAAAUAGAAUGACCCUGGGAAUCACCUCCAUUUUAACUAUUAUGUUUCUUCUUGGAUCUCUCAAUGGUAACUUGCCUAAAGUCAGCUACCCAAAGGCUCUCGAUUGGUAUCUGCUGGUGUCAUUCAGUUUUGUGUUUCUGACGUUAAUUGAAUGCACGAUCGUGUUUCUCUUUGAAUCGAGCGCCAAACAAGACGAGGAACAGAUUAAGUUUACGAAACACGACGUUCCUCUCAUGACGAGGAUAUCCACAUCAGUAAAAUGCGCAGUUGGCUCGAAGGCAGAAACCAGAACUACUUCAGAUGACGUGUACGGCGGAGUACCCGAUAAUGACCUUGAAAUGGUUUACCGCGCGGCCAAAGCUAACAAAGCAGUGGUGGAUGACAUGUCACUCCAUAACAAAAGGGACGCCAAAAACAAAAAGAGGGAGAGGAUUGCUGACAAAAUAGACAAGGCAUCACGUGCCUUGUUUCCACUGGCCUUUGUUGUCUACAACGUCGCCUAUUGGGUCUACUUCAGUAAAUGAUAGGCUGAAUUCAGAGCACGGAGUGAGACAGAUCCUGACUACCGUAGGAAUCAGGCACUGUUCUCUUUAAUUUUGAGACUCGGUCCACACUAAGCCGGAGAAUUUGAAAACGCAGCUUUAUUUCUACGGUUAGACCUACCGUCCACACUAAUCCGUCACGAAAACGGAGCUUUUCGAAAACGAUAACGUCACGACAACCAUGUGAAUUCCAUGGCCGAGUUUCCUAGACACAGAUCCAAAGUGACCAGUGAUUGUUGCGUUUUCGAAUUUCUCUGGCGUAGUGUGAACAGAAAACAUUUGAUGCGUUUUCAGAGUGAAAAGCGGUUUUCAAAUUUAUCCGGUGUAAUGUGGAUAGGGGGCUCUGAUAACCUGAGAAAAAACAUUUCUACACCUGCAGCUCAAUCUAGUGACCAGGACCCAUUUGGUAACUGCUAGAGCAUUUGGUAACUGCUAGUUAGAGCGAACAGUCUUAGUCUUUAUUACAUUUACAAUACUUUGCCCAGUGUUUCAAUUUGUAACUCUAUCUGACAUUUUACCUUUACGAAUUACUACUAUUGAUAUCUAUAAUUAACAAAAGUUGUUGAAAUACUCCUGACCAAAGUCCAUAGAAAACGAACAAUGUGUAUAGUUGUGUGCACAUUCACUAACAGCGAAAAUGUGUUUCCUUAAUAACAGUGUUCGGAUCGUUUCUUCAGCAUUUUUUGAGAAGCUACAAUAUCUAUUAUGGCUUCAUUGAAACUGUAACUUGGUAGCGGCGCGCAACUUGGAGUAGGUGAAAGUUGUCCUUACGUUCAACUCAUUUGUUGCUAAGCAACGCUUAAUCACGAGGGGUAGUCAUUGACAAGAACAAGUCGCUUCCAGCUUAGUUUAUUUUUCAUUCCUGCAGGAAUUGUGGUAGUUAUUGAACAUCAGAAUAAAAGUCACUAUAAGAGCACUGUUUGUUUCACUUUAACUGAGCUACUACGCGCGCUCUCAUUGGUCGA